CUUCGCAGACUCAAACCCUUCUUUUGCCGGCGAAAGUUUCUCUACUGAACAUAUCAGUAAAUAUCAUCAGCCUCGUCUCUUCUUAGAUCUCGAUCGUUCUCUCCGGCAAUGGCGAUUCCGUUGCCCCUCACCUCUUACUCACCAAUCUCAACUUCUUCUUCUUCUUCUUCUAUUUCCCGAACCUCUUUCGUACCUCUCACAUCUCGCCAGGGUAAUUUCUUCUCCGAUCAGAGUUUCAGUCGGCGUCUACCUAUCAGCUGCUCGUCGUCUUUGUCCUCGAACAAUGGUUCAACUCCAGAGUCUAUGAACGGGAGUGGCUUAAAUGCGCAGUCAUCGUUUCCUGGAAUGCCUUCCUUCGAUGGAACAUCCAAACCACCGCUUAAAUGGAGAAGGGUUUUACUCAAAGUCAGUGGAGAAGCUCUUGCUGGAGACGAGGAGCAGAAUAUUGACCCUAAGGUGACUAUGUCGAUUGCAAGGGAGGUUGCAGCAGUGACUCGCCUUGGCAUUGAGGUUGCGAUUGUUGUUGGAGGAGGAAACAUCUUUCGUGGAUCCACCUGGGCUGGGUGCAGUGGCCUUGAUCGUUCCUCUGCUGAUUAUAUCGGGAUGCUGGCAACUGUGAUGAAUGCAAUAUUUCUUCAAGCGACAAUGGAGAGUAUCGGCAUCCCAACACGUGUUCAAACCGCUUUCCGCAUGUCGGAAGUCGCAGAGCCUUACAUAAGAAGAAGAGCAAUUAGACAUCUAGAAAAAGGCAGGGUUGUGAUAUUUGCAGCCGGAACAGGCAAUCCGUUUUUCACCACCGAUACUGCAGCAGCUCUUCGCUGUGCUGAAAUAAAUGCGGAAGUGGUGCUGAAAGCAACAAAUGUUGAUGGAGUCUUUGACGAUGAUCCUAAACGAAACCCAAACGCUCGCCUCCUGGAUUCACUAACUUACCAAGAAGUAACCUCAAAGGAUCUAUCCGUGAUGGAUAUGACUGCUAUCACUUUAUGCCAAGAAAACAACAUCCCAGUUGUGGUUUUCAACCUAUCUGAGCCUGGAAACAUUGCGAAAGCCAUCAAAGGAGAGAGAGUUGGUACAUUGAUUGGAGGAACUUGGAACUCUAUUGUUGCAGCCACUUGAAGAAACUUAUAACUACUUCUCGGUCUUGUUCCUUAUAUAGUAGCUUAGGUCAGGAGAAUCUUAUAACUCCUGUAUAUAGUUUGCAGAAACUUUUUAGUUUCUAGGAGGAAUCUAUCUGUAUGAAAUUUUUGAAGUUAAAUUGAGAUGUUAUGGUUUACAUGAAA